CAAUCUAUUCUUGUUGAUUUUUAAAACUAUUUUGGAACCAUCCCAUGUAGCAAAUGGUCAGCAGUAAAAAGCCACUUGGAACAGCUUGGCUGUUUUUACACCAGUGUUUUCUUUUCAAAAUGAUUCUGCAAACCCAUUGAUGGUUCAGUGUUCUGAUUUCCUGAUGCUUAUGCCUGGUUUUAACUUAAGCACCUGUUGUGGUUAAUGCUGCUUGUGACAUUUCUAGGUAAAAUAAAGCAAUUCGAUCCCGAACGUUAAGGUGACAGGAUCAUAAACCCGUGUCUGACUAUGUUAUGAUAGCAAUGGGUGAAACCACACUCUACGAGAUUUAUCUUCCGCACAGAGACAAAGGUACCGAAACUUGGCGUAAUGCUGAUCGGAUGGGGUGGUAACAAUGGAACAACUGUUACUGCAGCAGUUCUGGCCAACAAAUUGGGAUUUUCUUGGAUGACCAAAACAGGGGAGAAGGUUGCUAAUUAUUAUGGAUCCUUGUUUCAAGCCUCCACUGUGUGCCUUGGGACAGGUCCUGCUGGUGAUGUUUAUGUGCCCUUCAAGGAUCUACUGCCCACAGUCAGUCCAAAUGAUAUUGUGUUUGAUGGCUGGGAUAUCUCCUCCCUGAAUCUCUCUGAUGCAAUGGUGCGAGCUCAGGUCCUUGAUUGGUCACUUCAGGAGCAGCUAAAGCCUCAUAUGAAGAAGUUCCAUCCUCGGCCUUCUGUUUACAUUCCAGAAUUCAUUGCAGCUAAUCAGGAGGACCGAGCGGAUAAUGUAAUUAAAGGUUCCAAAAAGGAACAGGUUGAGCAAAUUAGAAAGGACAUCCGGGACUUCAAAGCAAAGAGUGGAGUUGAUAAAGUAAUUGUAUUGUGGACGGCAAAUACUGAGCGUUUUUGUGAUGUCGUACCUGGUAUAAAUGACACAGCAGAAAAUAUCUUGAAAACGAUUGAGUUUGGUAGGGAGAUAUCACCUUCAUCCAUGUUUGCUGUGGCUAGCAUUAUGGAAGGUUGUGCCUACAUCAAUGGAUCUCCACAGAACACUUUUGUGCCAGGUGUGGUUGACCUUGCUAUUAAACAUAAAGUGUUUAUUGGUGGUGAUGACUUCAAAUCUGGUCAGACGAAGAUGAAAUCUGUGCUCGUAGAUUUCCUAGUCAGCGCUGGUCUGAAGACAGUCUCAAUUGUCAGUUAUAAUCAUCUGGGCAACAACGAUGGGAAGAAUCUGUCUGCACCAGAGCAGUUCCGCUCAAAGGAGAUCUCAAAGAGUAGUGUGGUGGAUGACCUGGUUCACUCUAAUCCCAUUUUAUACAAACCAUCUGAGAAACCAGAUCAUUGUGUUGUAAUUAAAUAUGUUCCAUAUGUUGGAGAUAGUAAGCGUGCGUUGGAUGAGUAUACAUCAGAAAUUAUGAUGGGUGGCACUAAUACCAUUGUCCUCCAUAACACUUGUGAGGAUUCCUUGCUGGCUAGUCCACUUAUUCUAGACCUUGUGAUCCUGACUGAGCUGUGCCAAAGGAUAACAUUCAAAACAGAAUUGGAUCUAGAAUUCCAAACAUUCCACAGUGUUCUCUCCAUCCUCAGCUACCUCUGCAAAGCUCCAUUGGUUCCAGAUGGAAGUCCUAUUGUUAACUCUCUUUUCAGACAAAGGGCUUGCAUUGAAAACAUUCUGAGGGCUUGUUUGGCCCUUCCUCCUCAGAACCAUAUGUUACUGGAACACAAGAUGCAAAGGAGCUUUAUGACUACCAGGAUGACUGACCAUUAUGUAGCUCAACCUAUACCUCUCUCAAAUGAGAAACUCCAGAAUAUCCUCAAAAACCAUCAUAUUUUAAAUGGUCACACCAAUGGAUAUGUUAACUAAAUUUUCAAAGUUAUUACUCAGUGCAGAUAAUGGUGUAGCAAUAUAGUUGAAACUGUCCAAGGUUAUUUUGAAUUUUGAUCUCGAAGCUAUUCUGAAUAUGAAUAUUCUUGUUUAAUCUAUCAAACACUAUUGAAAGUUUGUUGCACUGCCCUUGUUUGUUACCAAUAGCAUUGAUACUAGCUAUCAACUGUUGCAAAGCUAGAUAUCAAACGGUCCAGAAUGGUUUAAGUAUCUUUUUGUUUUGGAAGUAUUGAUAACUUUGUUAGUAGUAAGUGGGAAGUCUACUGCCUAAAUCACACUUGAGUUAUAAG